AUGUACCACGCGUGUCUGGAACGAAUCGCGGAAGAGCAUGAGCGUCGAGGAAAAGGGAACGUUUCUGUAAUGAUCGCGAGUCACAAUGAGGACAGUGUCAGGUUUGCCGUCAAUCUCAUGAAGGAUCAUGGAAUCGCUCCUAGCGAAAGAAUCAUGUGCUUUGCUCAAUUAUAUGGAAUGUGUGAUCAGGUCUCAUUUUCGCUCGGCCAAGCAGGAUACUCGGUCUACAAGUACCUGCCCUAUGGUCCAGUCGAUAAAGUGCUUCCCUACCUUUCUCGAAGAGCAAUCGAGAAUAGUAGCAUUAUAAAGAAGGCAAAUAAGGAGAAGGAACUGCUACGAUCAGAGCUAUGGAGGCGGAUUGGUGCUGGUCAAUUCAUGCACAAAGUACCGGCUUCUUGA